AUGGUCGGAUGCACGCCAAGAGCCUGUGAGGAGCGGUUAAAAAAGUUAAGGAAGCUGGCGAAGGGGUGGGCAUUUGUGGAUUGUGGCGGGAAGGUUGGUGGACGGGGAGGGAGCGGUGGGAACGUGGGUAGGAAGGAGGGGAAGAAGAGGACGGAGAAGGAGCGGGCUGUAGAAAGAAGGAGUAGUAGGAGCUGUGAGCCUCCGGGGGAUAUACCAGCGCUGAGGCAGGAAGAGGGGGAGAGUACUACUACUAUAGUUACUAAUAUACCUGUGGUGAUGGGAAAUUCAGGAUAUGAAUCUCGACUGCAAGAUCAGGAUACGCACAACGGAAAUGGAGAACGCACGCCUGCGCUUCUCCCAGCCCUACCGAUAAAACCGGAUCCUAGCGACCCACCUCCCGCUCGCCACCGAUCGUGAGAAUGGCGACGAACGGAGCGGGUCAAAGGCCUGACACUAGCUGCCCCCCCUCGAAACAGCUGAAAUACAAAUACACCUCAGCGCACUAGCUAACCCCUGAAAACGGCCGAGGGUGGGAGAAGGACCGAGUGGGUGAAGGAGAAGGAAGAAGGCGACUGGGAGGGUAGAAUUGGAAAGCGGGUUUGA